CGAAAAGCGAAAAUUUUGCACCUCUCGCGAUCUCAGCUGUUUGAAUUUGUGUUAUUUUUAGUUCCGUAUUGUUUUAUGAAAUUGUCGAAACGAAAUAAUUCGUCGGUUUUACGAUAAGUGCGUUAAUUAGUAAUUAAUCAUUUAGCGAAUUUGCAUUUCGGUUUGUUUCAGUUCGCACAGCAGCGUAGUUUAUCGGAUGCGAUUAGGAACCAAGGACAAUGAUUUAUUACGUACGAUAAUGGGAAAAUAUUUUGAAAAAAAAUUCAUCGUCGUAGUUUCAAUCGUCUAGACUCGAUCUGCGCGCGAAAUUUUUUACCAAACAUUCGAUUUUAAUCGUUGAAAAUGUUUUUCAAACGUUACUUUCACACUUCGUUAGUGAACGAUUGAUAAUGUUUGACAGAUUACUCAGUGAAUUCGACUGCUAGAAUAGUCGAACUGAGUUUAUUUAUUUUACCAUAGCGUAAUAAUCCGGUGAUUUGUAAUAUGAUGAAGACGUGGGAUAAUCAGAAAUGGCUCGAUCACUUGAACAGCAAUUGGAUAAAGGAAAGAUUCGACACUGUUUCCACCCGAAGUGGUUUGAAUUUUUUAUAUCGACGGUUAGAAGAGAAUAAAGAAUUAAGCGAAACGCAUAGCCAAUCUAAGCAUUAUUUAUCGGAUUUAUUCAACGAACCUGCUACUUUAGCAUUACCGCUAAUACCUGCGCCUUCCAGCAAUGACAUACAAGCUCAACUAGACGCGUUACUCGAUGCGCAGAUGAAAUUAGCUCGUAAUUUUUGCAUGGAAUCGUCGUUCAUGAACGUACUGAGAAAACGACUGAUAAUUUUGAAUCGCAUAUUUCACGCAUAUAUGGUUAAAUUCAACGUUCGUGAUAAAACUUGGAACAAGCCCCAGCAAAGCUGCGAUAAAGAUUCGACACUUUGUGCGAAUAAGAAACAAAUCCUAAUCGGAUCGAACGCUUUGCUAGAUUUAUUCAUAAAGAGCGGUUUAACGUUGAUAUUCUCACUAAUUAAACAAAACUGGACUCAGACAUCUGACGAGAAUGUAGCCUUUCAAGUAUUAAAUACGGCGAUAGGUAUCGUAAAAGGUCUAGCUCCGCUAUCGUUAGCCAAUGAAAUGCAUUUAUCAAGUACCGGUCUCGAAGGUCUGCUUGAAAUGUCCCAACGUCUGAAAGAAAUCUGUCUAUCGACCGAAGGAGCCUGUGUACAGAUCAAAAAUCUAUCCGCUGAGUUACUCCUGUAUCUAAUCUUGCAAAGGGGAUCGCUGCGUUAUUUAUUAGAAUGGAUAGACUCGGCUUUGAAGUGCUCCGGUGAAGUUACCAUAACGAGAUCGUCGUUUGAACAAGUUUUAUGUCAGAUUGACGAAGCGGUUAAUUGCGAUAGUAGGAAGUUACUCAAUAUCGACGUGAACUCAUUCGGUGAUAAAAUCUCGGUCAAUAAAGUAGCUGUAUUGUUAAUGAGAAUCAUCAUAAAGCUCUCCAAAAGCUACGCCAACUCAUGGGUCAACUCAGACGUGCCGAAUGUCCACUCGUUCUCAUCGAAACGAGCUCAAGAUAAUUGCGAAGUCUACGUCUGGGGCAGUAAUUCAUCUCACCAGCUUGCCGAAGACGUUCAAGAGAAAAUUCUCGUACCUAAACUAGCUAAAAAUCUAGUCCACGUUGAGCAAGCGGAAGCUGGUCAGUAUUGCACGUUUUUCAUAAACAGCAAUGGCUCGAUAAGUGCGUGCGGUAAAGGAAGCUAUGGCCGGCUCGGUUUGGGCGACAGUAAUAAUCACGUUACACCUAAAACCAUCGAUGUACCUGCUAAUAUAAUUAAAAUAUCGUCUUCGAAGGGUAGCGAUGGACAUACAUUGGCUUUGACUGAUGAUGGACACGUUUAUAGUUGGGGAGAUGGUGAUUAUGGUAAACUCGGUCACGGUAAUUGCUUGACCCAGAAGCAACCUAAACUUAUCCUGGGACCUUUAGCUAAUAAACGAGUAGUCUGUAUUAACGCUGGAUACCGUCACAGCGCCGCAGUCACCGACGACGGUGAACUUUACACCUGGGGGGAAGGAAAUUACGGUCGACUUGGUCACGGUGAUAGCAAUGCCCAAUACGUACCUACUCUGGUGAAAGAAAUCUCCGGUGUUGGAUCCGUAUCCUGCGGUUCGGCUCAUACGUUAGCGUUAUCUCGUGAUGGUAAAACUGUAUGGUCUUUCGGUAAUGGAGACGGUGGCAAGCUCGGCCACGGUGACACAACUCGAGUCUAUAAACCGAGAGUUAUCGAGGCUCUGCAAGGUAUGGUCAUCAAGAAAAUAUGCGCCGGACAUCAGUUUUCGUUGGCUUUGACCUUGAGUGGCCGGGUUUUUUCGUGGGGUCAUGGAGCUGCCCUUGGAUGCGGUUUAUCAGAUACGACUCUUCUGGUUCCUCAUCAAGUCGACGAACUCGAUCAAAAAAUUGUCAUUGAUAUAUCCGUCGGUGACUCGCAUUGUUUAGCUUUGACGUUAGAAUGUGAAGUAUUUGCUUGGGGUAAUAAUGUCAUGGGGCAGUGUGGCCAAGGUAAUUUUAACAGCCCUGUCAAGAAACCUGUCAAAGUGAUCAAUUUGGAUGGUACACCGGUUCAUCAAAUAUCAGCUGGAACAUCUCACAGCAUCGUAUGGACAGCUGUGCCCUCAAAUAGACAAGAUGUGACUUUGAAACGACCAUUUUGCUUCGACCUACACGAAAACACUUUCACGACGAUUCUCGUAUUUCUAGAAAGAUACGGCGCCAAAUUCGAAGAAGAAUUUUCAUGUUUCGAUACCAAACAAGAACACGAACAGUUUGUUACGUUAUGUGUGGAACUCCUGAUGUCUCAUUUGGUGCUCACGAAUUCCGGAUUAUCGUCCAGUAUCUCGUUAAAUAAAGUAUCCGGCAUCACACUCAGACAUCUUUUAAUCAAUUUACUCGAUAAAGAUAUUUCGAACGAGACCGAAGUUAUCAUCAGAGACUGCCUGAUCAGCGGAACGUGGUAUUUUUUGCCAUCGAUUAAAGAAUGCAUGGAGUUAAUGUUGACAUUAUUAAAUACUUCUUCGUUGACCAAAGGACAGAAAGUCUUACUCGACAUCACGAUAAAUACGCUGAGUGAAUGCAGUCAAAUGGGAUCUCUGAUACUGAGCGAAGAAUCCGAUGACUUGAAAUACUCCGAUGGCACUGAUACUGAUAUCGACCGAGUUAAAAAGAACGACACUUUCGCUCUGAUUGAGAAUUUAAUGAACACAUUGUUGAAUAAUCUGUCUACUCAACAGAUGGAAGCAUUGAUUCAGUUCCAAACAAUGUUAGAAAGCGAUGACGUUUCCCAGAGUAUUCUCGAUUACAAAAAUUUUGUCACCCACUUCAUAUCAAAUAAUUUAUACAAUUUGCUAUCGUAUUUUCAAAUACAUCUGUUGACUUAUUGCUGCGAAUACAAGAACUCUAAAGUAAAAUCAAUUUGUAUUUCGAUGCUGAAACGACAUAUCGCCAUUCUCUUACCCAUAAGUUGCAAAAUUAUUACAAAAUGCGAAAGUAUCCUGUCACAAUCUCCCGGAUUCACGACCGAUAUCACGAAUAUACUGUUUCAUUCGGUGGCCGGAAGCAUGUUAUCAAAUUUACUCCAUUCAGUGCUGCUGAUCCAGGAAGAAGUUAUGAUAUCCUCGUGUAAUCUAUUGAUGGAUCUUCUAGGACCUUUAGAUAAAUUUAAUAAGCACUUACCGGUGCCUUUAGAUGAAACUUCGAGUAACGAUAGCGUAUUGAUAACGUUCUUGGAUUACGAAUCGUGGAUGUGGGUCAUCGAUUGCGAACAACUAUGCAGUCUUUUACUAGGAAGAUGUAUUUAUAGUCGUAUUAAAGGAAGCGUUGAUUAUUUAGAAAUGGAUAAAUGGAAACAUUGGCUCAAAAACGAUUUAUUUUACGAAGCGUUGGCUCACGCUGUGACAUCCUCCGGUAUUGGGGAAAUGACUGAAUUAGCCGAAGAUAUCGAGAAAUUUUGUAUCGGUUUAGUCUCCGUGAUCGAUACAUCGACCAAUGUACGUACCUACUUUAGCCACAAUGUGCCCAAAAGUUUACCCCAAAGUGUAAAGUCAACGUUGGAGAUCGUUUUCAUGAUGGACGACUACGGUGCCUCGUGUAGCUGGACUGGAGCUUCUUCGGAUCUAACAAGUGUACCGAAAUUAUUCGACAUGUUGAGAAAUUACGGUCUGAAAAGGAGUUUCAAUUAUUCCGAUUACGGGGUUAAAUUACAAGUAGUCAGUAGGAUCUUCCUGCUGGAUUUAAUCAAAGCUGUCGGAUACAGAUUCACUGACUUUAUCAAUUGCCAAGGGUCUGUAUCAGAAGAUGUGCUGAAUGCGGUGAUCAACUUUAGUAAAAAAUUAGUCACGUUUUAUAAUUUCGAACGUGCUCAUUAUUCGAACUCGACCGAAGAUUAUCUAGAAGCUUUCGUUCACGAUGCCCAAGUCAGCAAUUACGAAGAUAUUUAUAAAAUGGUGUGCUCUGAGACGUUAAAUAGAUGCAUAUUUUUAAUGGUGUUGCACGACAGUUGCCCGAACGAAUCGGUUUUGAAGAACAUCAAACCUCCAUUGAAAGCUCUCGAUGAACCUAAAGAUGUUGCCAAAUUCAACGAAAUCAUUAAAAACUUGGUAGCUUACGUCGAUCCUCAAAUUAGUUGUAAAUUCAACGAACAUUUAUACUCGAAACCGAAAAAUAUUAUAAAAGCUGCUUUCUCGUGUCAGUCGUUAGCCGAAGCUCGAUUACAAGCUAUGACCCAGAUGCUAGAAUUUUUUACCGUAUCUCGAACAGAAGGCGAAAUAAUACCUUUGCUGGAUUGUACAUACGCAGCGUUCCUCUGCGGAUUCUACGGUGCUUCGGGAAACGAAUGCAAUCUGAGACACUAUCAAGAAGGAAUCGAAUUCGCCACUAAAGAUAUUCUAUCGGAAAUGCAAACCGUCACUUAUAAAAUCCAUAACAGAUUCGUCACCGGACUUCGUAUGAAUUCGCUGAACGACAGUUGUAUGAAAAACGACCUGCUUCCUGUGCUGCAAUUAUUCGCCUUGAGUUAUCGAUUCUCGAGCAACGAAGCCAAAGCUGUGGUUAGCGAAGGAUUGUUGCAUAUUUUAAUCGAUAUAUGUUGCCAUACUCCGUUAUCUAUGAUCUCUUACGAAAAUCCUUCGUAUUUAUCCAAAGCUGCGUCUAAUUUAUUGUAUAUUAUCUCGAUAUCGUGCAGCCUUUAUUCCGAAGAAUACACGUCUUCGUUUAUGGAUAACGUUGUCACAACGUUACAUUCGUAUUUCGAGUACCUGCUGAAAUCGCUCCAGGCAGACGAAUCGUGUAGUUCUCACAACAACGAUCCUAGACAUCCCGUAGCCGAGAAAACAAACGGAUUACGUAUGUUGGAGAAAACCAUCGGUGAUUUCUUAGCAUCUUUGAUGCUGUUCGCCAGCGUCAAAAGAGCCGGAUCUUAUUUACUGACGGAAAUAUGGGUCAAGGGAUUGCUCGAAGUGUUACGUGUGAACGCCGAAGGUGUCCCAAGAGUUAAUUCGUUGCGACCUAAACUUCUAGCUAUCAAAUUAUUGGCGACUAUUUUACCUGAAGACGUUUACUACGGAUCGAGUAAAUCGUCCUUUAUUCAUAUUUACGAUUCGGAAUAUAAACAGAAAAUCGUUGUAGAUAUUUUCCAGCAGUUGUACUCGUACAUGUGGCUUGUGCCGGAGAAAGUCGAACAAAAGUACGCUAUUAAUAAAGAAAAGGAGCUAGAUAAGAAACUAGCAUCGAUAAUUAACGAAGCAGGAAAAGACGAAGAUGCUGAUUUUCGAUCAGACGAUGAAAACUAUUAUCCUAUUCACGAUGUAGGAUUCGAUCCGAAUAAAUGCUGCAAUUGUACGAUCGAAAAUAACGAUACAGUCGUUCAUGGACCUAGCGGUGGUCGUGGAUAUGCUUUAGGAAAUAUCGGAUUCACUCAAGGUUGUUAUCAAUGGCGAUUCUACAUCGAUAAAGAUCACAAAGCCAACGAAGGCACCUGCGUAGGUGUCUCUAAAUGGCCGGUGCACGAUUUCAAUCACAGAACUACGGACGAUAUGUGGCUUUACAGAGCCUACAAUGGAAACCUUUAUCACAAUGGAGAAAUGCAAACCGCUCUGCAUAAAUUUACCAAGGGAGAUUAUAUUCUGGCUGUGUUAGAUAUAGAAUCAAAACGACUGAGUUUCGCUAAAAAUAAAGGCGAAGUGAUGCUGGCUUUCGAUAAUAUCGAUGUGUCUGCUCCACUAUACCCUUGUGUCAUGUUUUACAGUAAUAAUCCCGGUGAAAGGGUACGAAUUAAAGGAAUGUAUGUUCGAGAACAAACCAAAGAUUUGUUACCAGGUGAACCUUACUGCGCUCCAUUGACCGUCGUCAUGGUCGAAGCUUACGUUUCCCUUAUACGAGAACUCCACAAUUCUGAUAAUUGGACUGAUAAUGUAAACGAAUGUAUAAUGAGUCGAUUAAAUAACAGUAAAGAAUUAUUACCCAAAGUACCUCUGAAAUUUUUUGAAAAUCAAAACAACGACCAUUCUUUGGCUGGUACACCCAAACAGAACCAGCAUUCUACCGAUAAAAUAGAUUACGCAGCUUUAAAUUUAGACUCGUUUUGUAAACACUUGUGGCCUGUUUUGGCUGUCAUCGGAGGUGUCGAUCGUGGUCUUCGUAUUGGUGGCCUGUGCACGAAAUCCAACACCGAUGACGAACAGUUGAUUUUGGGAUCUAUUAAACAAGGUCUAUCUACGGUGAAAUUGUUGCACAAAUCUCCCUAUUUAACUGUCAGUAACGAGAAUACCCAAGAUUUGAAAUUCUGCGAACCAAAGCCAUUCAACGUAAAUAAACUGGGAAUAGUUUGUUCCGAAAUUUGGCGCAUUUUGACCCAAAUUAGUGGUAUAAGUGGCCAGAUCUCUCUACCGAAGCUAAAAAUGAGCCCUCAAGAAGUUCAAUUGGUGAUCGACCGGAUUUGGUGUAUGACCGAUUUGAAGGAAAAUUCUUCCGAAGGAUAUUACUUUCAAUCCCCCAGACAUAGUUUGGAAAGACUGUCAAACCAGAUACUUUCGAACGUAUUCGGCGAAAUCACAAAUCGACGGAAUAAUAUGAGUCGUAGCCUGAGUGAAAGCUCCAGCCAACCUUCCUCUAGUUCGAGUUUCGCUAAUAAACCGAUUAUCGAUAAAAUCAUAACAGCUAAGGAAUCGUACGAAAAACUUUUAAGAUUCGAGACUGUUUGCAUGAAGUAUUAUUUUAUACAAACCUGCGCUCUCAAGACUAUCUCAGUGCUGAUCAAUUCUCAUAAAUAUUUCAAUUUGAUGUUCGAUCCUUUGUUCAAAGAUGAAGAGGAAGAGAACAGUAAUGAAAAUGAAAAUGCUCGAGACGACAAAAAAUCCGAAGAUCACAAAGACCUCACCGAAACUCUGCAGUGUGUUUUAAGAUGCAUCCUAGACCGCAGCACAUUGGUCAACGAAAACUCCGAAGUUAGCAAUUUAUCAACAUACGAACGAGUACUCAGCGUAUUAUACAAUAACUACGUCCGUGCUCAAGUAGAAUUCACGUAUCAAAUAGACCAACUCACGUCACGAGUUCGAUCGAUGGAAAAUUGCAAAAAAAUAAAAGAACCGUUCAACUCGCACAUGUUUAAUCGUUUGCUAACGAAAACCCACGAACAGGAUGUGGAACCUUGGAGACCUCCCAUGAGUCAAAUGGCCAAUCUAUCACCUACGGCGCGCUCCAAGCUCUUCUUGAUAUCGCCCAACGAAGACGGCAGCAUUCUGAGAAACUACGCUUUUCCGACGCCGGCCCUUAGACGAAUGAGACGUCGUAAUAUCUCAGCGAGUGAUUUAUCUGUAUCGGUCGAUAUGCUGCAACAGAACGAUAACCCGACCGGAAUCUACGGAGCGAUGCCAGGUACAUCGGAUGUCAGUUCACCGAUGGUGAACAACGAAGAUGAUCUUUCGAUGCAGAAUUUAUUCUCAACCUUUUUACAAUCUCCUACGAAUGAUUGGUUACUGAAUGACGAACCGGAGACGACCGAAGAGUCGCCGGAAGAAUUGAUUUAUCCGUCUACCUCGUCUAAACCAGCGGUGGCUUUACCUUUACUUGAAAUGGGAUUCUCGAUGGAUCAAGUUAAACACGCUAUGAGCGCUGUUGCUAAUGAAAUAGUUAGCGAUUCAUCGGUUGAUCGAUUGGCAUCGUGGAUGAUGGAUCAUCCUUGUGUGGAUUCCGAUAUCGAUGAUAAUGGUAAUCCGCAAGCUGCCCUGGGUGAUUCGGGUAUUCCUGAGUAUGAAAUGUCGUAUUCCAGUUUUCCAUCUCCUAAAACGCCGUCAAGUGCCGGAUACUCGAUGGAUCAACAUUUCGAAUUUUUACCGAUGAGUUUACCAAAUGAAUUGGCCAUGGCGAUGGAUUAUAAACCAAUCAGCUCAACGAGUAACGUUCGAAGAAGAAUAAAUGCUAGGAAUUUGAGCGAAUCCGGAUACUCCAGUGAAAGGGAACAUGUUCGAGGGGAAGGAGAAGCGUUGUAUAAUCACAAUCUGCAAGCUCUCAGUCCUACAGCGGUAGCUGAAAGGAAAGGAUUAAUGAAAUACACUGUGCGAAGUAUCUGUAGCAUAUGUUGCUUCAGAGUUGAUAAAAUCAUCGAUCAUUUGUUGAGUGUGCAUCCAGGAUGUAAAGCUUUAUGUUUCACUACAGCUUGCGGAUCUUUCAGAGGAGACAAGUACUACUAUUUAUGUGCGGAAUGUAGUAAAAAAUACACUAAUAUGGCAGCUAGCAACAAAGCCAACAUCAUGGACAGACAAAGAAGAGUAAAAGUUAUAAAUCCGAGCACUGGAGAAGAAAUGGUCAUGGUUAGCGAACCUUCGUAUAUGGGAGAACCUUCGUACAUUGAUCAUACCGAGUUCAUUUCGGAAGCUGUCUCUUUCAUGGGACCAGAUCCAUUGGGAGCUGGCUAUGUACCGACGGUGACUCGAAGUGUUGACGAAAAUGCCUAUGAAGAAAUACCCACAGUUCAGAACGCUGAUUCGGAUUUCAUUGAGAUGGUUAGUGGGGCAGUGUGUCCUUUGAAAAGAUUGGAUAUUUUGUAUCGAACUGCGAAUUCGCUGACGUCGUCGAUGGCUCGAAUGAUCGUGAUGAGAUCUUUAUCGGUAAUUUGUAAAAAUGGUCUCAACGGCAGUGGUAAAGGAUUAGAAGUUCUCGGUUUGAAAGACGCCAAGAAAAUCGUCCAACUGAUGCGUCUCUUGGUCAGUGGCAAAAUUGGAUUCAUCUUCGAAGAAAACGGCGCUCCGGCCGCUACCUCAGGUGGAGCAAAUGGUUACGAACAACGACACUUGAAAUCAUUCGCUCAGCAAUGUAUUGGGUAUCUUUGUUCGGCCAUCACUACCUUGACUCACGAUGAUCCAGAUACCUACAGUGAGAUCAUGAGACUGUGCAGUGAGAAUAUGUUGAUGGCGGCCAGACACGGUUUCAAAGAAGAUAAUAGUCUUCAAGUGAAUAAAAUUCUGGUCGGAUUUCUAACCUCCCAAGACGCCUUCUUCAAAUUACUCGCUAAAGAAAGAUCAGAUUCGAUAGACUCGAGUUUUUCAUCAACUGACGAGAAAUCAUCAGCUUUAGCAUUAGCCAAUAGUUUAGCAGCUUGCAUUCUGUCAUCGAAACUGAACCCCAGCGAACGGCAAUGGGCUGCUUUUCAAUUGGUCAAGUGUUUAGUGAACAAAAACUUAUUUCCUGAAAAAAGCACCGUUAAUGCUAAAGAAAUCCAAGGAAUGUUACUUCGAUCACCCGUUUCCCAAAUGGAAGGCCACAGCAAUCGUGUCAACAGAUGUGUAUGGCACGAAAAUCGUAAAUUAUUGGUUACCUGUGGUUUCGAUAGUACAGUUCGUGUAUGGAAUAUGCCAGAUGGUAUUUUACAACACACCCUGGUCUUCCAGAAACCAAACAACGUGUAUGGUAAAGACUUGGAAGGAACUUUGAUCUCGAAACUAGCCUGGUCUCGUAAUGGCAAAUACAUCGCUGCUGCUAUGGAGGAUACAAUCAACGUGUGGUAUUUACCAGACAAAACCGACGAAGCUGAAAGCAAAACGUUCCUCGAUCUUCAACCAGGAGACAUCACAGAGAUGAUUUGGCUUCACUCUGACGAAGAUAGCAAAAUAGAAACAUUGAUAGUUGGAAGAAUUAGUGGCAAAAUCACUGUACAAUUUUAUCAAGGCCAGUCUGUAACCGAGCAUUGCUCUUUUGUUAAAGUACAGCAAACUUUCGUAUCGUGUAUCAGAAGUCGUUCAGAGAAUGGUUACGUGGUCGCUUAUGGAAACGGAAUCGUUGAAUAUCACAGUUCAUUAGAUGCCGAAAAUCGUACCCUGAUCGCUUCCAAACAUGCAACUUUAUCGUUUUUAGAAUGGGACCCGAAAUGCGAAAUGUUGGCAAUUUGCUACGCAGACGACACGAAUUGCGCCAUUUUACACGAAAACGAAAACGAAUGGAGAACAAUCUACGUGCUACCUCACGACCAUAAACCUACUUCAUUAGCUUGGUCACCUUUUAUUGAUGACGCAGAUCACCUGUUGACUUUGUGCAUCGGUACUGAAGAAGGCGUUACUUGCGUCUGGGUGACACCUCAAGUUGUAAAAGGAUGCUUGAAAAAACCUCAGUUGUUGCAUUUACUCAACGGACAUACGCAUUGUGCUGUUACGUCAUUGGCUGUGCAUAAAAAUGGGACGUUGUUGGCUACUGGAUGCAGUACCGGAUCCAGUGGUAAAUUGAACAUAUGGUCUUUGCAAGAUGGUAUUUUAGCGAGCACUUAUAUGGGAAGUGGAGGUGUCCAGGAUGUGACCUGGUUAAGUGAUCAUGGACUGGCUGUGUGCUUCAGUAGAUCCAAGGAUAUCGUCCUCUUGCAUUACACAAUGAACACGUAUUUAAAAGAUCGAGUCAUAUCUGUAGCGCAGAACUCAUUGCUGCAACGAGGCAUCACAAAUCUGAACUUUACGCCUUGGCUGUGGACGUUAUUUAAACAUUUACCUAAUCUGAUUACCGCCCAAUACAACUACGAAAAUCAAACCAUCAUGACUGGGCAACAAUUGCUGUUCAGCGACUACCUGAAGUCGUUGAUUUUACUCGCGUUCUCUGUGAAAUUACAUCACGUGUUACCGUACAAAGAAACUAACUCGAUUAUACCAAAGAAAAACGAUUCCGAUUUAGAAUGGCAGUGGUUCCAUUUACUGAGCGUAGCCAUUAGGACAGCUGAAGCUUUCGUGAAUCGUACCGAAUUUCCGGCUGAAUUUAUGGCUCUGCAUAGCGAUAUUUUGUUCGAUUCAGAAGAAUGGAAGCUGGCCAUAGACAACAAAAAUUGGAGACUGGAGGCUGAUCGAGACAUCAUGCUUUGGACAACAACCUACCCUCAAGACUGGCAAGUGGGUGGAAAAUGCGACGCGUAUUUUUGGGGUAACGGCAGACAUGGCCAACUUUCCGAAGGAGGGUAUUCGAGUCCUACUCCAAUUUUGGUAGAGUCUUUCCAUACUGCUCAGCAGAUCGUUUGCGGAAAUAACUGUACGUUCGCUUUGUUAUCCAAUGGUACUGUGUUAUCUUGCGGAGAAGGAAGCUACGGACGACUUGGACAUGGCCACUCGGAUGAUAUUUACGUGCCUAGUAUAAUUUCUACUCUACAAGGCUACGUAGUUAUUCAAGUAGCCAGCUCCUGUGGUUCGGACGGUCACAGUUUAGCAGUCACUGAUACAGGCGAAGUGUUUUCUUGGGGUGAUGGUGAUUUUGGUAAAUUGGGUCACGGUAAUAGCGACCGACAACGUAAACCUAAGCAGAUCGAGGCUCUCCAAGCUGAGGAUUGUAUCAUGGUUGCCUGCGGACACAAACACAGCGCCGUUGUCACCUCAGAUGGUAAAUUAUUCACGUUCGGUUGCGGCGAAUCCGGUCGUCUUGGACAUGACAACGUAGAAAAUCGCAAACUGCCCGAAAGAGUGCUGGCUCUAAGAGACGUACACGUCGAACAAGUGUCUUGUGGAUUAAAUCACACAGUUUGUAUUUCCGAUCAAGGCAAACGUGUGUGGUCGUUUGGAGAAAGCGAAUAUGGUAAACUUGGCCACGGAAAUAAUUUCCCUCAGCUUAGUCCUCAGGUGAUCGAGAUGCUUCAAGGUGAGACAAUCAAAAAGGCAUGUUGCGGUACCCAUUUCACCAUAUUCUUGACCACAGACGGUAAAAUGUACAGCUGUGGGUUGGAAAGGUUCACCGGACUUCCAGAAAUCAUGUCUACUACGAAUAAACCUACGUUGAUCGAAUCUCUGGCUUCCACCGUUAUCGUAGAUAUCUCGGUAGGAGCUGAACAUACGUUAGCCUUGACAGAAGAUGGAAAAGUGUACGGAUGGGGUAAUAAUAACGAAUGCCAGCUUGGUCUAGGACAUAAUUUCCUCAGUAUUCGAGAACCUACCUUAAUUUUAGAGUUGGCUGAUAAGAAUAUACUUCAAGUAUCUGCCGGACGUACUCAUAGUGCUGCCUGGACUUCUCCUCCGCUGAAUACUAAACGAAAUGGCCAAGGCAUUGUGCAUAAUUUUGGAACACCUUCGGCCAUUCCGAACGAAUACGGACAUCUUCAAGAUAAACCAAUUCGUGCUAUUCACGCUAGACUCAAAUUACUCAAUUAUUUCAGCGAUAUGUUACAUAACGUUUGGCGCUUUUUACCACUUUGCAAUACUGAGGAUUGCGACUGGUCAAAUAUUCAAUGGUAUCAGAGACUUUGUUCGCCCAUUCUUCGACCCCUUUAUGCUCCCAGAGUUUACACGUUACCAAUGAUCAGAUGUAUCAACAAGACAAUGGUGCAAGGACGUAAUUAUGGACCUCAGGUCAUCGUUAGACGAAUUUCUUCCACUCAUAAAGUGUCCGCAGACGUGCCCAUCUUCAUUCAAGUCGCCAAACAAAUAAAUGCAGUUAAACCUCAAGAUCUCUUAUUACCCUCCAGAGCUUGGAAGGUAAAAUUACUCGGAGAAGGAGCUGACGACGCCGGAGGCGUAUUUGACGCCAUAGUCACCGAAAUGUGCGACGAAUUAUUAAACGGAAGUGUCGCUUUGUUGAUACCGACACCGAAUAACUUGAACGAUGUGGGAUAUAAUCGAGAUCGGUUCUUACUCAAUCCUCGUUUGACCGCCGAAGAAGAUUUGAAUUUGUUUAGAUUCCUAGGUGUUCUGCUGGGAGUAGCGUUUAGAACGAAAAAACCUCUAGCUCUGCCUUUAUCGGCGUUCGUGUGGAAAUUACUAGUCCAAGAGCCGGUCACUGUGACCGAUAUCGAAGAAAACGAUUGUCUUUACGUGCAGAGUUUAUUCGGUAUCAAGAAUAUUCACACUUCCGAUGUUACCGAAGAGAAUUUCCACGACAUCAUCCCGUUGGAAUACUUCUACAGCACGAGCUGGUCCGGUGACUCAGUACCGAUCGUAUCAGACGGUGACCAGAGACCUUUGACAUUCCAUAACCGAGACGAAUACGUCGAAAAAGCCAUCGAAUUCAGAUUACACGAGAUGGAUCUGCAAAUAGCCGCCGUCCGAGAAGGCAUGUCGUGGAUUAUACCGGUUCCCCUGCUGACUCUGCUGACAUGCGUUCAUUUCGAGCAAUUGGUGUGCGGUCUACCUCAAAUCAGUAUUCCAUUAUUGAAGAGAAUCACGAGAUAUCGAGAUUUUGACGAAACGAGCCCGUUAGCCGAAUGGUUUUGGUCUGUGGUGGAAAAUCUAACUCCUCACGAAAAAGUGUUAUUUUUACGCUUCAUUUCGGGACGUUCGAGGUUACCAGCCAAUAUCGAGGAUUUAUCGCAAAGAUUUCAGGUUGUCAAAGUGGACAGAGAUAUCGAUGGGUUACCAACGGCUCAGACGUGUUUCUUCCAACUACGUUUACCUAAUUAUUCUUCGAUGGAGAUUCUCGAAGAGAGGCUGAAAUACGCUAUAAACAAUUGUCGAUCUAUCGACAUGGAUAAUUACAUGUUGACCAGGAAUACGGACGUUAAUUCGGACGAAGAGCCAUUGGCUUAAGGAGUGUGAUGGUACCUAUUUGACUUACGUCAGCAACCUCUCGAGUGCUGUUUUUUCUGUUACGUUUGUUUACCUAUCUUUACCUUUACCUUUACGUGUACGUUCUACCUGUACGGAUGUACCUAAGUACCUAUCUACCUGAUACCUAUUGUUUUAUUUUAUCAAAGUAAGAAAGAUUUGUACAUAGAUAAUAAUUUUACACAAGGCGAACGAUUUCUCGGGUGAUGUUAAUUUUUACGUGUGUAGUUAGGUCGAGUACGUUUCGUACGAGUAAUUUCUCUCUAUUUUUUUUCUUUGGCUGUUAAUGUCGUUGCCGUCUUGUUCUGACAAUUUGUUUGUUUAAUUUUUUUCGAAGUACGAGUUGAAGGUAAUUUUACCUACUGAUAAGAUGAGCACGAGUAUGAAACCGAGACCAAGGCGUAAAAAAAUACUCCAAAUUUAAUUCCCAAUGGUCUCCAUCACAUAUCGAUAAUCGAAAGCGUCUUCUUAUUUUAUUAUUAUACCAAGGUACAUACUACAUACAUGCAUAAUGUACUGUAUUUUCCUCCCUUUCUUCGUGUACAGUACCUAAUUUAUUUCUCUCGCUAAGUAAACUACAACCAUAUUGACGAGUAGUUUAUUAUUCGAAGACUUAAAAUGGAAAUCCUUCUAAGUCAUUUACCUUUUAUUAUUUUAUCAUUUUAUUUGUUGAUUUAUUCGUGUUUUUAUUUCCUCCUUUUACUUUGUGUGUGUUUGUGUGUCCUUUUUAUCCCUUUGUUUUUUCGCCCCUAUACCUAUUUACAUAGUAUAUUUAUACUCGUCUGGGAGUAUUUUGUGUGUAAAUUUUAUACCUUAUAUUCUUUCUUUACCCCUCUCUCUUAUGAACUUUUGUGCUACGAAACCAAAAAGUACGAGAAAUACAUAAAACAGAAAUCAAUUAUUAAGUUGUGUUAUUUAGUUGUGCGUUUUAUUAUUAUUAUUUUUUAAAAUAUUCGUAAGUUUCAAAGGAUGUGAGAACUGAUUAUUUUUUUUACGGUUUUCAAAAAUCGUAUGUUUUUUUUUCUUCUUCUUCUCGUUGUUGGUACUUAAGAGAAUUUUAUUUUUUUUUUGUUUUUUUUUCUCGAUGUAACGCUGUGUUUUUUUUUAUGUGUGUGCGAAAAAAUACAUAAUAUUAUAUUCAUUGUG